GUGGUCGCAAUGAUAUGACAGUCGCUAUCGCCAUUAUGACAUGUGAUUGGGCAGUUGAAAUUAAGUUGCAUUUACAAAGAUAAAUACGUCCUUCAACGACUUUAUUAGUUUAUCUAAAGGUGUUGAUUUAUAACGUGUGGAAAUGGUCGAUAUCGACAUGUCGAAUUCGGAUAUGGACUUGGGCAGUAUGAUCAAAGACCAGGUGGCCCAAUCGAUUCAAAACGUAGACGUGUUGUCUAUGCUCCAAAAAAUGGUCGCCUCCACACCUGAGGACGAAGAAUCCGAGGAUAUUCGUCAGAAAUUACAGGGAAUACUGGCGCAGUAUAACAAUUUGUCAGAGAACGAAAAAAUUCAAUUCGUCCAACAGUUGAAGGAUGUUCUAGCGAGUAAAUUGGCAAUGAAAUUGAAAGAUAGUCCGAUUGAAUUUAGCGGAGUCGAAGACGCCAUUAAGGAUGCGGUCAUGUCACAGCUGUAUUUCGUGGCGGCCGCCAUAUUUGUUUUUAUAGUGAUUUUGGUAUUCUUCGGUUAUAAACUCUACAAAUCCAUAAAGGACAAGGAAAAGAAGAGAGAAGAGAAGAAAAAGUUGAAGCAAAUGAAAAAGAAGAAGUAAGAAGCGUUGAGCUCGUACGGCUUCAGUGAUAUGCCUAGAAAAAUAUUUUAAUCUGUAUCUAUUAUGUCAUUCUACAUUUAAAUUUUUUUUUUAAUAUCUGAAUUCAACGCUGUGGAAUAAAGCUGGUGCUACAUUACAGGGCCAACUUUAAACAAAUGUUUUCUAUAUUUUCAUAAAUAAUUUAUAUUUUAAUUGUUAAGUAUAAUUACUAACUUGCAUUAAUAUUUCAUUUUAUAAACGUACGUAAUAUAAGUUAUUUUAAUUAAUGUUAUUAAAAUAUAUAUUUGAAUUAUAUAUAAGGCUCUAAUUGUCUUUUUUUUUUUUUGUAAAAUAUUUUUCAGGCGCUAUCAUAUAAACGACUGAUUAUAAUCUUAAAUAAGGACAUAUUUAUUAUGUU